GUCCCUGCUUCGCCUUCCGUGUCGACUCUGCUCAACAGCACCACGUCGGCUCCCAAGGAUCGCUCCUCGUUGCCUCCGUCGUUUCAGUCGUCGUCGAGUCUCCCGCCGCCGCAUCGUUCAUUGCGGCCUCUGUCCUAUACCGCGUCCCCGCUGCAAAAGUCGCUCACUCCGCCGCCGUACGAGACGCAGCGGAGUCGCGAUAGCGAUCUCGAGCCGUUUCCAUCGAUUGAGUCGUCGCUCGAUUCGGCCUCGACCGCAUCGGGGAGGAAUUACCCCAUGUCGACGGCCGGCCUGGCGCCAUCCGUCAAGUCGGAUUCGAGCCCAUUGAACGUGCCCCCGUCGUCGCAUCCGUCGCAAAACCACACGCGUCCGCAGCAUCGAUUCUCCAAUCCGACGCCGUCGUCGUUCCGGAGUCGAGAGAUCCAGAUCUACUGUGCGAACUGCUCCCGCGCGUGGCCGCUGGCCGAGUGCUACGCGUGCACGGAAUGUAUCUGCGGAGUGUGUCGCGAGUGUGUGAGUAUGUUCACGAGUAAUAGCCCGCCAAUGUCGAUUUUGAACCCGACGAGUAGCCCGGGCGGCCAGUCCGGCAACCAGAACGGAGGUUCAGGGCCGACCAGCUAUCUGAAUCCGAGAGGAUGUCCGCGGUGCAGAACCGUGGGAGGAAAAUGGAAAGCCUUCCAAUUGGAUUUUAGGUGA